AGAAACUGUAUGGAAUUAAGGAUGAUUUCGUUGGGUAGGGCGGUGAAGGAUGAUCGGUUGAUCACGUUAUUUUUUUGUAUUUAAUUCUGUGGACUCGUACUCGCAAUUGUGGCUCAGAGCGUUUGAACACAACACGCAGAGCCCAUCCCGUUAUCGUCUUUCCCAGCAAUUUCCAACCUUUCUCGGAAAAGGAAAUCGAAAUUACGUAAUCAGUAGGAGUUUCUGUGCAGAAUAAGAACAGAUUAAAAUUAGCGACGACGGAAGGACCCCGAAUCGAGAGGAAGAAUUCUGAGUGUUCGAGGUAGAAGCCAUGGCGAUGCGCGAACUAGUUUCCGGAGGAGCUGCUUGUGCUGUUCCUGGGUCAUCUUCUUCCUCUAACCCUCUUGGUGCUCUUGCCAACGUUCUAAUUGGCUCCUCUUCCAAGACCCAGGAAAGGCUACGGGAAAUUCCUACUUCGCAGCUCACAGGUCCUGACAGGCCUUUUCACCCUGAGAGCCAUGAACAGCUUCCUGGGUCUGAGUUUGAUCACCCACCGCUUCAUCCUAAUGAGCAGGCGGCAAAAUUUUUCAGUGGCUUCCACUCGGCUGCCGAUCAGAGUGGCAUGGCCUCUGCGUGGAAUGAGGUACAGGGUGGUCCUCCUCCCGCCCACUUGAGGGAAAUGCAACCAAAUCUUGCUGAAUUUGAUCGUAUUUACGAUCAAAUCCCUGCUUCUCAGCAUCAACCAAUAUUGGAUGGGCCACCACAAAGAGUACUAUCAAGCUUUUUACACUCGUUUGUACAGAGUAGCCGUGGUGGAAUUCCUUUCCAUCCUACCCCUCUUCCUUUAUUGGGACUAUCUGAAGGUGAUAAACAAUGUAUACGUGACCGUAGUAGCAUUAUGGCUCGACAUUUUUUUGCAGAUAAGAGUGAGGACUUCAUAAAUGCACAGGUUAAUGCACUUCUAUCAUCUUUAGACAUUGACAACAGUAAAAAGGUUAGAGGGCCUCAACCUGGUAGGUUUCAUGAGUUGGAGGAUUAUUGGAAUGAAUCCCAAGGUGUCCAGAGAGCUGGUGGUCAUAUAGCAGAUGGAUGGGCUUCUGAAUAUAGUCUAAACAGGGAAAAAUAUGCUGAUCAUGAGGCUUGGGCUCAAUCGUUUGAACAACAACAUGGUGCCAAUGGUUGGGCCUCCGAGUUUGAGCAGGAGAAGUUUCAGUUAGCAUCGGCUGACAUGAUGAAAAGUAAUAUGAUGAACGCAUCUGCAAUGGAGCAGACUCGCAAGCUUGCAAAUACAUUAGCUGAAAAUAACGACCCUAAAUUUCAGAACUCGAAGUUUCUUCAGUUUGUUUCAAAGAUGAGUAGGGGUGAACUUAUUAUUGAUGAUAAUCAAGUCAAGCCAAUCCCUUAUUCUCCAUCAGAUAACUGGGCUUCUGAGUACCAGCAACAGUAUAAUGCAGGUCUUCCUUGGGCUGAUGAAUUUGUUUCUAAUGAAACUAACCGGUGGGCUGAUGAGUUUGCUGAAGGGAAGCAACAUCUGUCAGAUAAUCCAUGGGUAAAUGAAUUUUCCAAGUUGCACAUGCAAGACUGGGGUGAAGAAUUUGGUCAGCAAGUUGGGGAAGGGGCUUUUGGAGAAGCCGAUAAUUGGGCAAAUGCUUAUGAUGACUAUCUAAACGAACAAGUAGCUGCCAAGGGAAAGACGGAUGCUUCAAAGGGAAUAUACGUCUUUUCUGAUAUGAACCCAUAUGUUGGUCAUCCUAAUCCCUUAAAGGAAGGCCAGGAUCUGUUCCGUAAAGGCCUUUUGAGUGAGGCAGUGCUUGCUUUAGAGGCCGAGGUCAUGAAAAACCCUGAUAAUGCUGAAGGUUGGAGGCUUCUUGGAAUUGCACAUGCAGAAAAUGAUGAUGAUCAACAGGCUAUAGCUGCCAUGAAGCGUGCACUGGAUGUUGAUCCUACAAACUUAGAGGUGCUUCUUGCGCUUGGUGUGAGUCACACAAAUGAAUUAGAGCAAACAGCUGCAUUAAGAUACUUGUAUGGAUGGUUACGUCAUCACCCCAAGUACGGAACACUCGCAAAUCCGGAGCUGUCUGAUUCAUUAUACUAUGCUGAUGUAGCUGGCUUAUUUAAUGAAGCUGCAAAAAUGUUUCCUGAUGAUGCGGAUGUGCACAUAGUACUUGGUGUCCUUUAUAAUUUGUCUAGAGAAUUUGACAAAGCCAUUGCAUCCUUCCAAACAGCUUUGAAACUAAAGCCGCAAGAUUACUCUCUUUGGAACAAGCUAGGUGCUACACAAGCUAACAGCAUUCAAAGUGCUGAUGCUAUUUUAGCUUAUCAACAGGCACUUGAUUUGAAGCCAAAUUAUGUGCGUGCAUGGGCCAAUAUGGGAAUCAGUUAUGCCAAUCAGGGCCUGUAUGAGGAAUCAAUUAAGUACUAUGUGAGAUCACUUAGUAUGAAUCCAAAGGCAGACAAUGCCUGGCAAUAUUUAAGAAUUUCACUAAGCUGCGCAUCAAGGAAUGACAUGCUGGAAGCCUGCGAUUCCCGUAAUCUUGAUGUUCUUCAGAAGGAGUUCCCAUUGUGAUAUUAUUAUUUAUGAAGCCCUGGACGAAUAAACUUUGGCUGAAGUAAGAGCCACGUCUCUGUUACAUCGAAGAGGUUACAGUCAAAUACUUGCCGCAGCUAGGACCCUUUAUUUCUUCUUAAAUUUGUUUGGGGGCUGGGGGUUAAUAUUCCACCAGAGUUCCAUCAUAAAAUUGACUGCUGGAACCGUUGGAAGGAAUAUUAAUGCCCAAGCCUCAACAUUUGCUAGCUGGUGAGGAAGUUAAAACGAAAAUUAGAUUGCCCCUUGUAUUAAUUACGAUUUGAGAAAAGAUAUAGUCCCCUUACACAUCAAUGAAUAGUUGCAUAUUUUGCUAGUCAGACUGUAUAUAAUAUACCACUUGUACGAACCCUGUUGCAUAGUUUUCAAUAAAGAGAGAGAAUAUUACAUA